AACAAUUAUAGACAUGAUGACGCCUGUUGUUCAAAGGUAUGAAGCGUGAUGUAGUCGUAUUCUAGAUGAAGAAGUGCCGCCGCAACCAUCUGAAUUAAAGUCCCCAUGGCGUGAGGAUUGCUCCGAGCUCUGGCUUAGCGGUGGGGUAUCUUGGGCAGCCUGACACUGGGGUCAAGACAACUAAACUGGACCCUCUCAACGCAAGAAUCAGGUGCUCGUACUCGUGAGACACAAGCACUCCACACAGAAUUUUCUCAACUCAUCGAUGCAACCAAGAAUGCGGGGAGCGCUCCGGGAAGCGAGGGGCACGGACCCCCAACCCCGCGCCUUGAAGUCGUGGAUGGCGUCGACGGUGCGAAUGUAUGUAAGUAGUGACAGGACGCAUCAACAAGCAAUGAUGGGCACCUCAAAGCGCCUCUUUGUCUCUGGCGCCAACCGAACGCCAGGAAUGAUACCAGCGGCGAGCUUUGUCUCCAUGUGUGACGUCCGACGUAUAAAGCAGAGCCCGUGGCCUCCUUGAUAUGAACUCCUCUUCCCUCCCGGUCUUUGUCGCCAGCAGCCCUGGUCAGCCGUCCAUGCAACACAGCGCCAACUCGCGGAAAAGGGCUGACAGUGAGGGCUCGGGUUCGAACCCUCUUUCCGUUCAAAGUGGGCCGGCGAUCAAGAAACUCUGCCCGCAGCCGCUCGUCUCUCACCAUGCAUUGCACAGAACGAGCGCCAGGCUGGCCCGCAAACGCAUCAACCACCCGUACUCGGCGGCGUACAUCUCACACUCCCGCGACUCGCAAGCGUAUCUGGAACCCUGCCUCGAGGAACCCGACACGCGUAUCCCCAUCCUCAUCGAAACGAACUGCGUUGAUUUCCGUGUGAGUGGGGAUGAUGAUGACGACGACGACGACGACGACGAGCCUUGCCCUCGCUCUCGGUUCUCGCCGUGGACCCCAUCGCCUGUGCCGGACAGCUUGAGCGUCUCGAACGCAAGCUCGCCGUCCUCUCCAUCAUCCUCAUCGUCCUCCUCCUCCUCGUUCCUUGACCUCAAUUCGCCUCUCCCCUGGGAGCACGAUACACCGCCGCCCCCAACCCCUUUCCCGCCAGCAUGGGACUGGGAGACGUCCUUGGCGCUCUCGAUGCUACGGCACGAAUCAAAAGCGCGGCACUGCGGUCAGCUCGCCCAUCCUCGACCGGGGCACGGGUGGCCUACGCUCGUAGAAGAUGUGCGGCGGUUAGAAAGCAUGGCCAUGGACAUCGUCGCGGAGAGGGAGGGGCUGACGUUGACAGAGAUCCACGAAGCAGAGGAUGAGCCAGAGGAUGUCUCGUUUUGGUAUGACAUUGACUUGUGAAGCGGUAGACACCGUGUACACGUAUGUAUGUGUACUUCGCUGGAUGCGACGUGCUGUCCUGUCAGUCGCCUCAGCGAGAGCUCCCCCCUGUAGACGCGAAGCGAGGUUGUACCGUCUAGCAAGAUGCUAAAAUGGGCGUGGUUCUGCGGAGUUCUACCUGCAGCGCGGCGCGAAACUGCCGGUGGUCCCAGUCCCAAGUCAGAAGCACGCCAAGGAGGCUGCCCGCCCACUUGAGCUGCUUCGAUGGGCUGUCAAAACACUGCGCUUCCGCGUGAUUUGGUGUUUGAAGAACGCCGGAAGAUGUGUAGCGCAACUUCAAGUCGGGAGCGAAGCGUUUGAGGGGCCAUCGAGGCGAGCGGAGUCGCGAGGUCAAACGCGGAGAAAGUUCUUAAGAUACAUGCAGCGGGAUUCGAAAGGCAGCACGGAAUGUUAGACGCUAGAUAAGCAAGUUUCC